CUCUUUUUGACUGUCUCUUCACUCGUUGCUCGCUAUUUUUCUCUUGACCAAGUAUAUAAUAUCCAAACCCUAAGACUUCUAACCAUGCAGGCGCCACAGACCUCCCUCUCGGAUCUCCUCCCACCACUCCACCGCCGUCUAGCCGACAUUCAAUCCUAUCAACUCCCCCGUCUUUCCACCUUUUCCGGCCCGUCAGACAUGCACAGCGAACUUGUUGAUGAACUCCGGACAGACCUCGAAUCAAUAAGACAUCAACUCGGUAUUGCCAAAGAGCUGUCUCUUUAUGCUCCUCAGCAGACCGAGGCACAGGAAGUGGAAGGAAUAGAGAGAGAGUAUAUCCGGUUGAAGUCAGAUUUCAGGAGAGCAAUGAUCGAUUCUAAAAAGGCCCUUGCAUCAAGACAAUCUAGAGCACACGAACUUUCUCUCAAGUCCGACCUCGAGCCUAAUUCUUCCACAGAUGAGACAACCAGAGGUGGAGAAGCAAAGAGUGCUGCUGAGCUCGGUAUAGGUGGUGACGACGAACUGCAGACCAAGACGAAUGAAGUGACUGUCGCCUUACGGCGAACGACUGCUCUCAUGCAGACGGAGCUCGAACGCUCCGUCUUAUCUGUUCAGAUGCUCGAAUCUUCUACUCAAACAAUGACCCUCACUCAAAGUCUCUACGAAACCUAUAGUUCCCUCCUGACCUCUUCCGCCCAGCUCGUUCGAGCCCUUGAAAAAGCAGACACGAUGGAUCGCCUCAUCAUUUUUGCAGCUCUCUUCUUCUUCCUGUGCGUCGUCGGAUGGGUCAUUAAGAGAAGGGUGUUGGACCGGACGGUGGGCGUGGUGAUCGGCGGGGUCGGUAAAGGGGUGGGGUGGUAUCUGGGUGGAAGCUGGAGGUUGAUCCGGAUGGCGUUGAGUGGAGGUAGCGGUGGUAGUAGUGGACGUGCAGGACUGGAUCUCGCAGAUCAGAGGAUUGGAGGUGGGAUGGUGGAUGGAGUCGAGGAAGGAGUGCCAAUACCGCAAGUGGGGGAAGAUUCUGCUGUGGGCGGCGUCAAGCUUGUAGCCGACUAUGAUGACGUCCCGCCGCCUCCUGCACCUGCAAGCCAGCCAUCGCAAGUGCAAGGCAUGGAGGAAAUCAACAGGAUCAAUGCUGAACGUAGAGGAGGCAAGAUUGAGGUUAUACCGAAUGAUCAAGGGGAGAGGAUCGUUCCUUCUUGGGUGCAGGACCAGGGACGCGAAGAGCUGUAACAAAACAUGACAUAGGUGAAUGUAAAUAU